UCAUUCUCUCUUUUCUUUUAAAUGUAUACUGAAAUCCUUUUUUUUAUCAUGCUAAAAUUUGAUACAGAUCCUUCCUACUAAAACGUUCUUAAGUGCUUCUGAUGUAGAUGAGUGGUGGUUAAAAGCACCUGCUGUCUUCUUCAUCUUCUUGCUCUUCUUGAGUUGCUGGACAAGAAAAACAUGAAAAAUAAAAAUAAGGGAAAACAAGAAAGAAACGUUGGUCUAUAUAUCCUUAGAAAACCUUGAAUAAAGCUCUAACAUUGGUUGUCAGAUGCUUUAAGCUAAAAAGGUUUCUCUGUUUUGAUAACAAUUGAUCUACGCCACCCCGUCCACCUCUUUUCUUUUUUCUCAUACGUAUGAUUUUGUCGUUGCAUUAUUAUUUUCUGCUCUUUUAGUGCUCAUGUAUGUUUCCAAAUGUGAUGACAUUCAGGAAUGUGGAGAAGUCACAGCAAACGGGGUUUCUUCUCUUCUCGACUGCACAGCUAUUGAAGAUCUGUUGCUGCGUCAUAAUGUUCCCGGGAUACGGAAAACCUUCAUUUUUGAUGCUGCUUCAAAGUUACCAAUUAUUCGGAAGAUAUCUCUAGAACGCCUCCAAACAAGGGUGUUGGACUGGAAUGCCUCCGCUCCCUUCCUGACAACAUGAUAUUUUAGGACCAUAAUUUUCUGUAAGGAUAAUAAUAUCAAAGACAAAAUUUAGCUAUAAAAUUAGUUGUAACCUGAGGCUACAACCUUACAUUAACAUUACUAUAUAUUUCAAAAAUCUAACCGUUAG